CUCUCCUUCUACACCCCUCCUGGUGCCCACGAUGAGGCGUGCGGCCACGCGUCGGGCGGGGCGGAGGACGAGGGCGAGGCGGAGGCCGGGUGGAUCGAGGGCGCUGCCAUCCUGCUCUCGGUGGCCUGCGUGGUGCUGGUCACGGCCUCCAACGACUGGAGCAAGGAGAGACAAUUCCGGGGGCUCCAGAGCCGCCUGGAGCAGGAGCAGCGCGUGGCCGUGCUCAGGAGGGGACGCCUGGCACAGCUGCCCACGGCCGAGCUGGUGGUGGGGGACAUCGUGCAGGUCAAAUAUGGUGACCUCCUGCCCGCCGACGGGGUCCUGAUCCAGGGCAACGACCUGAAGGUGGACGAGAGCGCCCUGACCGGGGAGUCCGACCACGUGCGCAAGGGCCCGGACCGGGACCCGCUGCUGCUCUCGGGCACCCACGUGAUGGAGGGCUCGGGCAGGAUGGUGGUGACGGCCGUGGGCGCCAACUCGCAGAGCGGCAUCAUCUUCACCCUGCUGGGGGCUGGUGGGGACGAGGACGAGGGCGACAGGAGGGACAGGAGAG